AUGAGUUGCAGCUCCCUUUCAUGUCGUGUGUGUGUGCGGUCAGCGCUGUGGUUCAACGAGCUUCUUGACAGAUCUGUCUCUAGUGGACCUGCACAGCUCUUGCUACUGGAUCACCGAGUCGAUAGCACCGAAGAACUUCGCCUUGGUGUUGAGGCGGAUUGUUUGGAAGAUGAAUAUGUCGACGCCCUAGAUGGCACCAGAUCCAUCUCGGUCUUGUUGGUGGAAGUUCUAGAACACGAUGUUGUACAACUCACCGCUCCUGAGAUACCUGGGGUCGACGAUUCUCUUGGUGCGUUGAUCGACACAGCUUUGGGCCCCUUCCUUGGUGAAGGCCCCAGAACUUUCUCGGAUUUCUUGACUCCGGAGCGACAGCAGCAGCUGAUGGUAGCCCAGAAGCCGAACGAACAGAAAAAGCCGACAGAGUGGCAGACGCGGGGUCUGGCGCUGAGAGAGUUGGCUAAUGGCACAUUUUCGAGGGCUGGCACCUUUAAACAUCAGCGGGGAGUGCCAUCGAGUCCCAAGGAUGGCAACCUGAGGGUAGCUGCACGAGCACCUCCACCGCCAACAUACUCUAAUCAUGUGGGUGAUGCUGGAGACAACUCAGGUGCCGCGGAAGAGAGGUAUAUUGCAGCGCCAGUGCUCACGACUGGGAGUCAGAGCCUAUUCGCUGGGUUGGCAAAGGUUGAUCUAACCAUUGUUUGGAUCUCAUCACGCUGCAUAAUCAUACUGUAG